GUCCGGGCCAGCUCCCACGGCGGUCAGCCCUGGGCAGGUCGCUGGUACUUGCAGCCCCUCACCUACCACCUGGAGGGCCAGCCAGAGGCUGAGCACCUCCUCCGAGCCGCUGUGGUCUACCCCCCCCCCCUGCCACUGGCCCACGGUCGUCUCCUCUGUGCCCUGGAGCUGGCAGCCUCCAGCGAGGCACCUGGGGUGCUGCUCAGUCCUGCCACCCGCCCUAGCCAUGGCUGGACCGAAGCGGACGUCACCCCUUACCUGGUGCCAGGAAAUGGCAGCGUGAGGAGCCUGGCACUGCGGCACAUCUGUGUGCGUGCUGGCCGGGCAGGGGACAGCGAUGCCACAUUGGCCCCCAGCCAACCUUUCCUCCUCCUCUACCUCAAUGACACCCAGGCUGGACUGGCACCUCCAGCAGCAGAGCCCUUCCGGCACCGGCGUGACACAGGAACACUGGCCCAUGACCUGCCCGGCUACCUGCGGGAGCAGGGAGGGGAGAAGAGUGACUGCUCCCUGCGCCCCUUCCCCGUCAGCUUCGCCCAGCUGGGCUGGGACCACUGGAUCAUUGCUCCCCAUCGCUACAACCCACGCUACUGCAAGGGUGCCUGUCCUCACCUGCUCCGCUACGACUACCACGCGCCCAACCACGCUGUGGUGCAGAGCUUUGUCCAUCAGCUGGUGGAUGCCAAUGUGCCCCGGCCCUCCUGCGUCCCCUACCGCUAUAGCCCCAUCAGUGUCCUCAUGAUCGAGCGCGACGGUGGCAUCCUCUACAAGGAGUACGAGAACAUGAUCGCAGAGUCCUGCACCUGCCGGUAA